AUGGCCUCUACAUUACAAAACACUACUACCACUUUGAAAUUAAACACUGGUGCUUCAUUGCCUAUAUUAGGUUUAGGUACUUGGAGGGCCACCGACGACCAAGAGGGUUACAACGCCGUAAAAUCUGCUCUAGAAGCCGGUUACAGGCACAUUGACACUGCUGCCAUCUAUCAAAAUGAAGAAGUUGUCGGUAGAGCUAUCAGAGAAUCUGGCAUUCCAAGAGAUGAAAUCUUCGUUACUACCAAAUUAUGGGGUACACAACACCGUGAUCCAGCUGCUGCUUUGGAUCAAUCUUUGGAAAGAUUGGGCUUAGACUAUGUCGAUUUAUAUUUAAUGCACUGGCCAGUCCCAAUGGAAGCUAAAUACAGUAAAAGCAGCAGUUUAUUAGAAUUUCCAUACCGUCCAGACGGAUCUCUAGCUGUCGAAAGUGACUGGGAUUUCAUCAAGACUUGGGAAUUAAUGCAAGAGUUACCAAAGACUAAAACUAGAGCCAUCGGUGUGUCAAACUUUUCCAUCAAUAAUAUUAAUGAUCUAUUAAAAUCUCCAGGUAACAAGAUUGUCCCGGCCGCUAACCAAGUCGAAUUACACCCAUUACUACCUCAAGCAGAACUUGUAACCUUUUGUCAGGAAAAGGGUAUUGUAGUUGAAGCCUAUUCACCAUUUGGUAGUGUUUCUGCUCCAUUACUCAGUGAACAAGCCAUCAUUGAAGUUGCCAAGAAACAUGACGUAUCUGCAGCUCAAGUCAUUUUAAGUUGGCACAUCAAGAGAGGCAUUGCUGUCUUACCAAAAUCAGUUCACAAGGAAAGAGUCGUCUCCAACUUCAAAACUUUCUCUUUACCAGAAGAUGAUUUUGCCACAAUUAACAAUGUAUCCAAGGAAAAGGGUGAAAAGAGAGUUGUAAAUUUCGACUGGUCUCCUUUCAAGAUCUUCGAAUAA